AUGAGGACACACCUGGUGGGGGUGAAGGAAUGCCAGGCCUCUCUCAGGGUGUGUGCUGGGGAGACCCCAGAGAAUCUGAGGAGUAGAGACAGUUACCACCUUUCACGCCUGACCUAGCGCCUUGCAGGCUCUCUAUCUGUCUUCAGUUCCUACCACAGGAUGUAACCUGGCUCUGUACUGGUCUAAACUAGAAAUAGAAAAGAAGUCCAAACCCUGCUUCCAGGCUUUUGUAAAGGUGGAGAAAAGCAGAGUGCCUGGGGAGAGGUUGUUAUCAACGACAAAGUGGUAAUGUCCUCCCUGGGGUGAGGGCAGGUUUUUUGGUUUUUGGUUGUUGGGUUUUUUUUCCCCCCUGUCCCUGCCUCAGGCUAAAGUGGUGCAGUCUGUUACCUUGGAGACCAGCUAACACUUCCUGGCAGGGCGAACUUCACUGUGGAGUCGCUUGGAGGAGCUUAGAGGAAGUGGGAGCCAGGAAAAGCAGAGACCUCUCCUCUCCCAGAGAUGGAGAAAUAAAUGAAGAAAUGCAGGUGAGGGAAAAUAAGUGUUGGGUGUUUUUAUAAUGGCUACAGAUACUAGUCAUGUCUUCCAUGGUCAAGAUGAUAAGUUUCUGGAGAACCACUGUGUAAGGAGAAACAAUGACAGAGAUUCAAAGAAGCACUUGGACCAGAAGGAUAUCCAUGGACUCGGCCAAAAUCCAGACAAUGGACUACUGGUUACACAUGUUAACCAGACACAGGAUUUACUGAGGCUACAGGGAGACGAGACCCAACCUUCAGCUUGGGAGGACCCGGAAGACUGGCUUUCCACACACAGUUUACAGUUUGAGAGGCUCACCUUGGCUGACCUGAUUAGCCAGGGCACCACAGUACUGGAGGAGGGCAGCGAUGUCAUGAGGAAAGUGCACUUCUCCACCCAGAUGAUCCACCAAUUUGAAUCAAAGCUUUCUGGAGCUAUUGAACUCUAUCAACAGAGAAUCCAGUGGCUCACAGAAAGCAGCAGGAAGGCAUUUGGCCUCAUCAAGGGAGCCAGAGUUGGCAUCAUCGUUGAUGUGUCCGCCAUUGGCAGUGGCUCUCAAAAAGAGGAGUUCCAAAAUGACCUCCUGAGCCUCAUUGAUGAGCAGCUGAGCCACAAGGAGAAGCUGUAUGUCCUGUCCUUCGGCACCAGCACCAGCGCCCUCUGGCCAGACCCCGUGGAAGUCAGCCCCUCCACCCUCCAGGAACUCAAGCUCUGGGUGAAGAAGCUCCAGCCUGAUGGGGGCAGCAAUCUGCUACAAGCCCUGAGGAAAAUCUUCACCCUGAAGGGACUGAAUUCUCUGGUGACCAUAAUGGGCAGCUGCCCAGAUCAGCCUUCUGAAAUUCUGUCCAACUACAUCCAACAGUCCACUGUGGGACGGGACCUCAUCACCCACGUCAUCACCUACAAAUGCAACGAUCAGGUGCCUCCUGCUGUCCUAAAGAACUUUGCAGAAGCUCUUGGGGGCUACUACCACUGCUAUAGCACAGAGACGGAGGUCUAUACCAGUUGGGACAUGGACCAGCUCCUGGCAGAAAUCCAGAAGGCCCAGAGCCUCCUGAGCCACAUCCAAGCCUUGCGCAACAGGACCCCCAAUGAGGAGCUAACGGGCAUGAUGAAGGAGAUUUCCACAGAGAUUACAAAAGGGCCACUCACAGGUCUCUUGCCUAAACCCCCAAAGCAUGAGGGUCCCCUCACAAUUGAGUUCCCAAACUUGGAGAAGACUUCUGCAGAAUGGCUAAAGAUCAAUGGCCUAAAAGCCAGAAAACUAAGCCUUUAUCAGGUUCUGGCACCCAAUGCAUUCUCUCCCGUGGAGGAAUUUGUGCCUAUUCUCCAGAAAACAGUAUCUUCAUCUAUCUAUGAGAAGGCAAUGGUACAAUUUGAAUGGCAUGACGGGACAGUGAAGAAUGUUCAUGUGGACCCGCCCUUCCUCUAUGAGUACCAGAAACAGCUCAGCAGAGCUAUGCGGAUGUAUGAGAGGCGGAUCGAGUGGCUCUCCUUGGCCAGCAGAAGAAUCUGGGGCACCGUCUGUGAAAAAAGGGUGGUUAUACUGCUGGAUAUCUCUGUGACCAAUUCCAUGUACAUUAUUCAUAUCCAGCACUCCCUGCGGCUUCUGCUGGAGGAGCAGUUGUCCAACAAGGACUGCUUCAACCUCAUCGCGUUUGGAAGCACAAUAGAAAGCUGGAGGCCAGAGAUGGUUGCCGUAAACCACGAAAACUUGCAGAGCGCCUGGCGUUGGGCCCUGACUCUGCAGUGUCACGGCAGCAGGAACGUCCUCAGCGCCCUGCGGAAGGCUGUGGAAGUGGAUUUCAAGGACAAAGACGGUCACCAAUCUCAGGGCAUCUACCUCUUCACGGGUGGCAUCCCUGACCAGGACGUGCCCAUGCUCAGCGCCUACAUGGCUGAGGCCUGUGGGGGCUGCGAUCUCCAGCUGAACAUAUGUCUCUUCUAUGUGGGCGAGCCCCAGAUGGACAUCAUGCCCCCUGCCCGCUAUGCCAGCCGCAUCGACACAGCCGCUGCCUACCGGGAGAUCACCCAGGCCACGGCCGGACGUUUCCACUGGUUUGGAGACACAGGUAUUUACGAAAGCGAUGACAUCAAUGCCAUCGUGUCUGAGAUGGAAAAGGCUCUCAACUACUCCCAAAAGUGUGCCUUACUGGUGUCCUCACUGAAGAACCAGUCUGGGAAAGAAGUGGAAAGCUCAGCCCUCCUGAAAGAAAAACCAAAGAUGUUCAAGCAAAGAAGUCAGCCCAGGAAACUCUAUUCUUCCAAGCCCACAGCUCCCUCGGUGGCCAGAAUGAGCCUUAAAGAUGACCGUGACAGAAAGAAGAGCUCCCCCUUGGAAGCUCUGACAUGGCGGCCACUUAGUGGCAAAGCAGGCGUCCCACCAGCUUCAGCCCAGCCAGUGAAAGAAGGGACCGCAGAAUGGAGGAGGAAGACCAAGUGGAGGGAAGCAGAGACGUCUCUCUCACUGUUUUAUACGGAGACGGGGAAUAACGUGGGCUCGGUCUACAAGAAAUACCCUCAAGGAAGGGGAAUACGAAGUGUUAGCUCUUCUAUCCAGUUGCCCAGGAAGGAUGCAGUUUGCUCAAGCCAAGAGUGGGUAGCAAAUUAUGGGCUCAAAAAACUGAGGAUGGAAAUCUCCAGAUACAUCGGUCCCAGCUGCACUCAUCAGAAGUCAGCCCAGGGGCUGGCGUCAGCCAAAUACUGCAACAUCCUGCCCAGUAUAGAGAUCAAUGGGGUAGUGAGACAUAUCCAGUGGACGCCCAGGGAAAUGGAAGCAUACAUCACAUGUCUGGAGAAGGUGAUGAGGCGCUAUGUCCAGAGGCUGCAGUGGCUGCUGUCUGGGAGCCGCCGAUUAUUUGGCACCAUUUUGGAGAGCAAAGUGUGCAUCCUGGUGGACACGUCGGGAUCCAUGGGCCCCUACCUGCAGCAGGUGAAGACGGAGCUGAUUCUGCUGAUUUGGGAACAGCUGCGCAAGCACUGUGACAGGUUUAACCUGCUCAGCUUUGCGGAGGACCUACAGCUGUGGAGGGACACUCUGGUGGAGACCACAGAUGCAGCCUGUCACGAGGCUAUGCAGUGGGUGACCCACCUGCGUGCUCAGGGGAGCACCUCAGUCUUGCAAGCAUUACUGAAAGCCUUCAGUUUUCACGAUGUGGAAGGAUUGUACCUCCUGACCGACGGGAAGCCAGAUACAAGCCGCAGCCUUAUUCUGAAUGAAGUCCAAAGACUCAAGGAGGAAAGAGAUCUGAAACUGCACACCAUUUCCCUGAACUGCUCAGGCAGGGCGGCGGUUGACUUCCUGAGAAAUCUAGCCUCCCUCACGGGGGCCCGCUAUCACUGCCCUGUUGAUGAGGACACACUCUUCAAAAUCCACGGCCUGCUGACCAAGGGCUUCGUGGACGAAAGGGACCCCAUAUUGCCACUAUUUGAAGGAGAUGAUUUGAGAAGAUUGGCCCAGGAGAUCACCAAGGCCAGAAGCUUCCUCUGGAAGGCCCAAUCCUUCAGCACACCCUACACUCCAGCCACAAAAUUAUCACUCGCUAGGAAGCCUUGCACCAAGCCCUGCCUGGAAACGCCCUUCUUACCACCCUCUGCCUGGUGACUCCUGCUCAUCCAUCAAGGCACAACUCAUAUGGCAUCAGCUCCACUGUGAAGAUGUCCCUGGGACCCAUCAAGAGCUGGGAGCCUCCAGCCUUCCUCCCACUGCAUCCGGACCAAACAUCUGU